UGUGUGUGUGGGUGUGUGUGUGAGACUUAGUCAGUCCUUUGGAUACUUCUCUCUGGUCCACAGUGGCUGGGGGAUUUCUCUGAGGCUCAUCACACACACACUCUCCCAGGAUGGCGGGUAAAUCAGAGGGUAAGCUAGAUGCAAAGGAGGAGGAGCAGAUGAUGGAAUUCUUUAGCCAUCAAGUCCAGCUCCUUAAAGAAAAAGCAAUGCUGCAGGCCUCAGUACGCGAGGAGAAGAAGCUGCUGGUGGAAAACGGCAAACUGAAGAAGGACAUUGACGACCUGAAGAGAAGACUGCAGGAAACACGCAGGAAAAAAGCCAUGAAGAUCCAUCAGGAGAGGGUUCUGACUGCCUCUAUAUCAGCGAUGAAAGCUACUGUCCUGGAGGAAUCACCCCAAACUGACGCCUCCCAACCUUCUGCUGACUCCACAGCUCAGAGACACUCCACACACACUCACAGCACCGGGGGCAGGAGGAGGAGAGACAGAAGAGGAGCUCGAGUGGAGUCCGCUACAUAUCCUGAAGAGCGCGCUGAGGCGGUGUGUGUUCUGGAGCGAGACCACAGGCCUGAUGUGUCUCAGCUGGACCUACGGAUUGGCCGAAUCCUGACAGUCAGAAAGCACCCUGACUCAGAAUCGCUGUAUGUACAGGAAGUGGAUCUAGGAGAGCCCGCUCCCAGGACAGUUGUCUGUGGACUGGCCAAUCACAUGCCUCCAGAACAGCUGCAGGACAGUCUGGCUGUACUCCUAUGUAAUGUAAAACCAGUGAAAGUGCGUGGGGUCCAGUCUCAAGCCCGGCUGGUAUGUGCUGCCAAUCAAGACAGGAUAGAGCCUCUAGACCCGCCCAGGGGAGCACUGCCUGGAGACAGGGUCACCUUCCAGAACUAUCCAGGAGGAGCAGAGAAAGAACUGAACCCUAAGCGGCGGAUUUGGGAGCGUUUGCUACCUGACCUGCGCACAGACGCCAAGGGAGUGGCCAACUAUAAGGGUGUGGCUUUCGAGGUGAGGGGGAAGGGCCUUUGCAGAGCUCCUACAAUCAACAAUGGAGGCAUCAAGUAAAAGGAAAAGAAUCGUGUGUAUGGGUGCCAGCAUCGUUUUUCCCUCAAACACAAGCGGUUCAGAACGAUCCAGUGCUGAAAUGAACUCGGAAAACUCAAGCUUUUAAUGUUUAAUAAUUGUAAUAAAUAAUAAAAUAAAGAUUUAUAAAUCA